AGUUAGGGCUUAGAGGAGCAGACCCAAGAUUAACAACAAAUAGUUUCCGAGAGAAGGGUGUCCCUCGCCGCGACCAUGAUGAUGAGAGGUGGUCGAAGCAUGGUGUCUUCACCUCCUGCCUUCUCUAACGACGCGAAGAAACUCCUCGUCUGCACCUCCAACACCGUCUCCGUCUUCAGCACCGCCACAGGCCUCCAGAUAACCUCACUCGAGGGUCAUACGGCGCUCGUCACCUCGGUCGUAGUGGUACCACCAUCGAGUCCAGCCGCAAAGGUUUUGUGUUAUUGCUGGACCGCCUCUCUUGAUGGCACUGUUCGUUAUUGGGAUUUCGCUGUGCCUGAGCUAAUGAAGACUAUCGACAUUCGAGUGCCAAUCUUCUCCAUGGUGAUUCCAUCUUUCCUUGACAUACCAUCUGAGGGUAAGGGAAAGCAUCAAGACCUUUUUGCAUAUGUGUUUACGGAAGAUACAAAGGAAACACAAGAGAAAACCAAAGCCUUGAGAAGACAGAUCCGGAAGUGUAACUUAAGCAAGUCACGCUUAGUUGGUAGAUUAAUCUUGGGAGAGACUAAAAAGGCAGAGGUUUUAACUGUUAGUCCAUCAGGGAAAUUCUUUGGCAUCCGCAAUAAGUGCAGGCUUCAUAUAUGGAAGGUUCCUGAUCUGGGAUCUGAGCAUGCGGCAGUUAGGAAGAUAACACUACACCAUACCAAGAAGAUAACUGCAAUUGCAUUCCAUCCAACUCAGAGAAUUAUAGCUGCAGGGGAUGUGACAGGUAGGAUUUUAACUUGGAGAGGAUUUGGUAAUAUAGCCUUUUCUGGAAGCAAUGGAGUUGAGAACCAAAAGUUGAUAAGCAUUCAAGAGGACAAACCUGGGGUCAGGGAUAAUGAUGAUGCUGAUUCUUGCUCCACAUGGCAUUGGCACUCUGCUGAGGUCAAUGUCCUUUCUUUCUCUUCAGAUGGUGCAUAUUUGUAUUCAGGUGGAAAGGAAGGAGUGCUUGUGGUUUGGCAACUAGACACUGGGAAGAAGAAAUUUCUGCCACGAAUUGGAUCUCCUCUGCUGUAUUUUAUAGACUCUCCUGACCCUACCCUUUCUUCUAUAUCUUGUGCAGAUAAUCAAAUUCAUCUACUGAAAAUGCCUUCAAUGGGAAUUUUGAAGACUAUUUCGGGGAUAAAGGCUCCUUGUUGUUAUCCUGAGAUGUACAAAGGCUUGGAUAGUGGGAUUGCUUUUGAUCAAACUGCUGGGUUGGCUGCCUUACGUACAGAGAAUUAUUGCAUCCAAUUUUACAGCCUAUUAGAUGAUCGUGGAAUUUCUGAGGUUCAAGUUUGUGAGAGAAACCAUCAACCAGGCGAUGAUGCCACGGUUAUAGUGACUGCAGUGGCUCUCUCUGUUGAUGGCUCUCUGAUGAGCACUUCUGAAGUGAAACUUGCUGAAGAGGGCAUAGGUGGCCUAGUUUGCCUCAAGUUUUGGCAAGCAGGGUCUCAGAACAAAGAAUUUAGCUUGUCAACAAUUGUUUAUGAGCCACACAGGGAUGCGGGCAUUUCUGCUGUUACAUUCCAUCCUUCUGGUAAUAUGGUGGUUAGUUCAUCUUUCGGUGGUGACUUCAAGGUUUGGAGAUGCAACAAUGACAUCAUACAGAAUGAUCAAAUGCAUCAGAAUUUUAGCUGGACUUGUCAUUCUGUUGGUUCUUAUAAAAAAAGGCCAAUGACUGCUGCUGCAUUUUCUGCUGAUGGUACUGUUCUUGCUGUCGCGGCUGAAACCCUUAUUACAUUAUGGAACCCAUACAAGAAUGUCCUCUUGGCUGUACUUGGAGAAACUCUCACGCCAAUUGUAAAUCUAUCAUUCCUUGGGAAGUCGGAUAAUCUUGUAGCAGCAUCAUGUGGUUCAAAUCCACAACUUUCUGUCUGGAGCAUGUCAAAGUUAUCUCUAUCGUGGUCGUACAAGCUUCGUAUAGAAGCUAUAUCUUCUGCAGUUAAUUCAUCUUCCUUUGCUGCUCUGGCUCUGCUUCCUGAAUCAUCCAAUGAAACUACUUUUAAAGGAAGGGAUGGUGUAAUCUUAUUAUACAAUGGAACCGAUCCUGUUCCUACUGCAAUUUGGUCUGUGAGGAAGGCCAAGGGCGGGGCUCUUGGUUUUCUUCAAGUAAAUCCAUCUUCUGCUGAAGAGAUCAUUAUAGAUGGUAAAACACCUGAGGUGCUGCUUGCAUACAUGAAUGGUGAUCAUGAAUAUGUUGUUUUUGAUCCAUACUGUAAAGAUGCUCAUGAGGUUAACAUGAGCAAAAAGGAGGGUCUUUCUGCCCUUGAACUCAAAGGACAAGGAGGGCAGUAUGGGUAUGAAUCCAUCUAUGGGGAGUUACCGGAGUUUAACAAGAAGAUACCUGAGACUCCUUGGGUUCCAUCAUUUCCAUCUGAGAGACCUUGGGAAACCAUAUUCAGUGGAUCAUCUCAUAAUCUUCCACCCCUUACCAAACUGUGCUCAGCUUUCCUUGAAUCCUUACUGGAAAAGAGGACAGCCUCUGUCGAGUAAUCGUAGAGGGCGUUUAGUUACAUAUCCGUAUACCACCAGUUCUGAAUGAUAAAUGCAAGCAGUGUUCAAGAGAACUGGGGCAUUCUUUAUCCUUCUCCGGAACAUCACCAAUGGAGGAAAGCUGAAUGGAGUGGUUGAUAAAAGUAUGAUGCGCCAAAUAUCUAAACUGGAGGCUUGAGAUCAGUACCACCUGCAUGCUGUAAGGACAGAUUCGAUAACCUCAUUUUCAGCUUUGAAAUUUCAAGUGUCGAUUAGGGAUUCUUGUCCUCCAUUUAUAUAUAUAUAUAUAUGUUUGCUGGUGGUUAAUCUUGUACCAAAUGAAUAUAUAUUUUAGGAGAUGCACUUUCUUC